AUGAAGAAGCACAACGCCAGUGCGGUGCACUCGACCACAUCCCACAUAUCACCAAAGACCGCACACAGCGCCCCAUGCUCUCUUCAAUUAUCCCUAUUACUAUUAUACGCCAUAGCACUGUCCAACGCCAGCCCGAUUUCUGUGCCCGAAAUAGUUGGAAAGUCUGGAAAAAGUAUUAACGGCGGCACAUCCUCGUCCGCUUCGUUGAUGAUCAAGCCGAACAUACAGGAUGCUCAAUUGAAUUCGCUCAAUGCCUAUGCCACCAACUAUGGCCAAAUAGCCGCACAACAUUCAAAUAAUGUCGCAAACAAUGCUGGCGCCAGCUCCAGCAGCAGCAUCCACAGCAACACGAACACAAACAAUUUCAAACCCUCUUAUAAACUACCUGAUGUGGAGAGUAAUUUCACGCCCAUACAAAGGCUGAGUAGCGUCAACAUCGUGCCACAUGCUGCACCGCUAACAGGCGUUGCGCCCCAUGUCAAUAGCAUUUCAAGUGAUACUAUGCCUCAGCCCACGCCCGUACUCAUGCAAUAUCUGCCACAGGCAAUGUCCGACGCUGGCGUGCACUAUCUACAACUCAUACCGACACGCCCACUAAUUGUGCCGAUAAGUCCGUAUUUGAGUGGUGGAAAUGCAGCAACGUCGGCCAUGCAAUCCGCCACACAUGCACUACAUCCGCCACUGGCCGCCGCCAUCAAUGGUGGCCCAUUUGAGUAUGCACCGCAUACACCGGCAAUAUUAUCAGCUGAGAACAUCAAUGUAGCCGCUAUGCAACAGCAGCAGCAGCAACAGCAUCAUCCGACGCCGACGGCCACAUUGCUAGAUGUGUCAAAUGCGGCGACAAUGCCAUAUGGCCUGCAAACAUAUGCGAAUGCCAUACAACCAUAUCGCAACAGCUACCGUAUAAAUCGUGAAGUGAAAGGCAAAAACUUUCCCGGCACCAUGGUACUCAAUAUGAAUGAAUAUAUACCGGGACCCAAUGAGGCGCUGCGACCGCUGUAUAUGCGCGGUAGACCUUGAACGUGGUGGUGAUGGGGUGAAGAAAAAAAAUCUUAUAAUGCACGAAAAUUUGUAAAAAUAAAAAAGGACUCCCUACUGACUUCUGGUACAGAGUCUUUUUCAGGCCCACUAUGGAUUUAAAAACAUUUUCCGCUACCACAUUCCGAAUUAAGGAAUAUUGAGGCUUUCAAAGCAUUCUAAAUAAUUUAAAGUUAUUGUGCAGUGAGCUCUGCGAGACAUAAGAAUUUUUA